CGUACACCCAGCGGUCGGCGUGGCCGCGGACAGUGCUAGCGGAGCAUCUGUGAGUACACUGUCUGCCUCGUGAGUGCCAGAGUGAGACCCUCCGGCUCCCGCGCCGCAUCCCCAGCACUGCGCGUGAGUUUGGCGAGCCUGGCUCCAGAGGGUGGGCGCCGCCACAAAAGAGGGAAGGGUGCCUCCCACACCUUUGGCUUAUGUAUCUGCUAUCAAUAUGGUGUACGAGGUGGGUACUCCCAGCUGCCAGCAGCACCGCUGUAUGAGGCCCUCCUGCUCCACGCCGUCCUUCACCAAGACGUGGGCAGUGCUGUAGUGCUGGUGUCAAGUGCGGCCGUGCCAGCGGCACGUGUCUAACGAUUACAUUCUUCUCCUCGCUCUCUCCACCACUUUUCUCCUCCUCCUCCUCCACGCUUCUCUCCCCUCCCCCUUCUUGUUGAUCCACACAAUAGGACGUCACUGGCACUCGCUGGAAUUCGAAGUCAACGGCGUUCCAAAAUCGCCAUGACAACAGAGGCGACACCUGGUGACGGCUGUCUGGGAAGCAUCACGCUUGUUGAUUAAUUGAGUGCAGCAGUACACGUCCACAGUGUAUCUACAGAACGCAGCAGCAGCAUUGUUUUACUGCUGUGUGCGCGUGCGUGCGUGAUUGCCAGCGGACUGGCGCAACCGUGUUCCCCGUUGUAAAAAAACGACUUCUGGCUUUGGUGGAUAAUUGAAUUUUCAAUGCAUCUGUGACCAUCUACUUGUGCUGUGACCGAAAUUCUUCGUGAUUUGACUGGUGGAGGAGAUAUGUGGAAUGGGUACAUACACAGUGCAGCAUCAACAUGGACCAUAAGCACGACAGUGGCUUUAUCCUCAGCAUUUGUAUAUGGCUUACUGAGAGGCAUCAGGUCGCGGCCGCGUGCUGAGCUCCCCCCUCCUCUCGCCAGGCAAGUGAGCUCGGCAAGUGAGUGAGUACCGUACACCCGGCGGCAGCCCCCAAGUACCGUAACUCCAUCAUCACUAAAGGUUUGGGCCAGUCUACGGUCUCGACUCAGCAGACGACACACACCUCAAGCUUGGAGCAGACGACUGGCGGGCUUGACUACUACUGCUACUACACCAGAGAACUGAGUGAGGCAAGAAGUGAGAGUGGUGCUGGGCAAGUCGGUGAGAAGGCAGUUCCCCCCACGUGUGUGUGCCGGGGAGGGAAGCGCGAGGUUUACACACACACACAAGGCACAUCGCGCGCGCUGCCAACGGAUUGCUGUACAUCUCGCCGAGUGGUGUAUUGUCGAGCACACGUGAAGAACCCUUGUCUUGGAAUAUACAGGAGGUUAGCUCGGCUCGGCUCGGCUCUUCUCCUCUCACCUGAGGCUUUACUUCUCGUCGGUGAAAUAACCGGCGCAAAGGAGGAGAACAUGAUUCUUGCAUGGUGCACUGCGAGUGUUGUUGUGUCAUCGUCUGUCGGCAGGUUGUGUAACUUCUCGCACGCGCUGUGGGAUUGUGUAUACAGCGACUAACACAAGAAGGAAGGUGCUGCACACGUGGUGUCUUGGAAUAAUAUUUCACUGACCUGAACAGAGAGAUACAUCGCGGUGGCUGGGGUUGGUGUUGUCGGAGAGUUGUUCACGAUACCUGGUGCUUCUCUUUGUCACAGACCGUUUGCUUAGAUGAGUUGGUGUCGGAUUCCCCUCGGAUAAAGGUCAGCGAUUCUGCAGGCGACACCAUGGUGUCCAGGAAUGUAAGGUCCGGUGCAGCUUUGGCGGCGUGUACCCUGCUGUGCGUCCUCCUUAACACCGCGAAAGGUGACUUCCCCUUCGGCAGCAGCGACCCGCUGAACCAGGGGCUGCCGGAAUGGCGUCAGCAGCCCGAGGCCAACUAUUACGUGGUGCGCACCAAGCCCGCGGUCAUCACGUGCCGCGCCACCCCCGCCAUCCAGAUCACCUUCACGUGCGCCGGCAGCCAGGUGCCGGUCAAGCAGUACACCAACCUGGAGCUGAUGGACCCCGUGACGGGCCGCAAGACGCUGCAGUCCAGCAUCGAAGUCACGCGCGACGAGGUGGAGGACUACUAUGGCGAGGACGGCUACUGGUGCGAGUGCUUCGCCUGGAACACCGUGCAGGGCUCCUCCAACCCUCAGCACGUCAAGAGCACGCGCGCGCUCAUCGAGGCGGCCUAUUUAAAAAGACGGUUCCAGAGGGUACCCAUGAGCUCCCGGGUUCCAUUGGAAAGUACGGCGGAACUGCAAUGUCUGCCUCCUGAAGGCAAACCUCUGCCAACGGUGUUCUGGAUAAAGGACAACGUGGAGCUGAACGUGCAGGAGGACAUCAACCUCAUCAUCUCUAGCGAGGGUAGCCUUAUCAUCAACCAGGCACGCCUCGUCGACUCCGGCAACUACACCUGCGGCGCUGUCAACGCCGCCAGUCGCCGCUUGAGUGACUCUGCCACUCUCACUGUGUUUAUAGACGGAGGCUGGUCGGCCUGGGGUGAGUGGUCUGAAUGCUCCGCCACGUGCGGCAAGGGCCGACAGCGCCGCACGCGCACGUGCACGGAACCGAGUCCUGUCAACAACGGGGCCAUGUGUCCGGGGGACUCCCAGGCCUUCAUCGCGUGUGGAACCCUGUGUCCAGUGGACGGUGCGUGGGGCGAGUGGUCAUCGUGGUCGAGCUGCGGGCCCGACUGCUCCCACCAGCGCCGCCGAGCGUGCGAUAACCCCUCGCCCAAAAACGGGGGAGCGUUUUGCUGGGGCAGCAAGAACUCGGAAUCCGCCAAUUGCACAGGCGGCGUGUGUCGAGAACGCAGAGAACUUACCCCCAGAAUACCUACAUCAAAAGAUAGGAAAACUGUUGAGGAAACUCAGUCUGUGAAACCUGAGAUGACAAAUUCAGACAAAGCAGCAAGCCGCGCGGAGGAGGCGGACCACAUGCCGCUUUAUGUGGGCCUGUGUGUGGGCGUGGCUGUCAUCAUCAUCAUCGUCAUCGCUGUCGUCGUCCUUCUACGGCGCAAGAAUGCCCAGCAGCAGGGAGUCUUCGAUAUGGACGCCAAUGGCCAAGAUGCCAGUCAGUCGCUGACAGAAGACGAAAAGAAAAUGACCAAAAACGGAGAUAUGUUAGUCGGUGCAGCCAGACGUCACCCAGACAGUGGUGACGGUCCAGCAUCAGCAACAUCCCUACCACCACCACAGCGGCACCAACAGUACCAGCAACUCCGACCCCCCAUACACUCUGGGCGUCGGCGUCGGCGACAUGGCGUCGGGCGUCUCCCCCUCCGACAACCUGUACAGCGUGCCCAACGCCCACUUCAACCUGCCUCGCCUGGCGACCUCUCGCAGGGCUACUUGAGUGACGGUAAGCUGCCGGGGGGCUCGCAGCACCGCCUGUCGGGGGGCACGCUCUCCCGCACCAACAAGACGGUCUUCGUGGAGCCCACCAUCAAGCACAACCUCAACACCUCCAUAGAGAAGCUGACCCUGGUGGACACCAAGGCCGGCCUGCCCCCACCGCCCCCUGCCCCGGAAAGCCACAGCCGGCCGGCGUCUGGUCACUCGGACAGCCUCCAGGGCAGUCGUCAGUCUGUCAUCUCCGUGCAGUUGCCAGGCAACGUCGACAGCGAGGCCGUGACGUGGAACACUUUCAACUACGCCGGCGGUCGACUGGUGCUGCCUGAGUCCGGGAUCAUGCUGACGGUGCCGGAGGGAGCCAUCAAGAGGGGUCACGUGGAGGAGAUCUACAUGGCGGUGUGCCGUGACGACAAAGAUCGCCCUCGCCUAGCUGAGAACCAGACGAUCUUGAGCCCCGUGGUGCUGGUAGGUCCGCCCAGCGUGGUGCUGAUGAAGCCGGUCAUCCUAUCCUUCCAGCACUGCGCUAGCAUGCGUCAGGGCAGCUGGCUGCUCUCCCUUUACCGCAGUGACUCGCCGCUCGACGAGCCGCCACAGUGGAGGCGGUUGGUGGUGUUGGGUCACGAGACAAUCAACUCACAAGUGUACACUCAACUGGAUCCCAACCACUGCCACAUCAUGACAGAAUAUCUCAACCGCUACGCCCUCAUCGGAGAGUCGGUGCCUGGAGGAGGGCGGGCCGUUAAAAUCUACCGUCUUGCGGCAUUCGCCCCCGCUCUACCACCAUCCAUGGACUACAGCAUCCGGGUGUAUGUGGUGGAGGACACGCAAGACGCCCUAGAUGGUGUGAUCCAGGUGGAGCAGCGGUUAGGAGGUCGGCUGCUGGACAAACCAAAGCAGAUUCCAUUCCAGGAUGGCGGCUCCAACCUGUGCCUGACCAUCGAAGAGUUGUCCACAGGCUGGCGCAGCAAGCUGGCCGCCAACUACCAGGAAAUCCCUUUCCGGCACAUCUGGAGCGGCAACCAGAACAACCUUCACUGUUCCUUUAGUCUGGAACUGUUGGACCGUGGGCAGACACGGCUGGCCUGCAAGAUUCAGGUCUAUCAGAAGGGCAUCCUGCAGAACCGCCAGGUCCUCAACAUCAACACCAACUUCAAAGAGAAGGUUGCACCACUGCAGAGUGGAUCAGGGGCAUUAAAACAACGGUCAUCAACAGUAAACACAGCAUCAAACAAUCCAAAUUCUGGCUUCAACUCUAUGGUCACCCUUGACCCAUCCACCCAAGUUUUCAGACUGCCGCCUCACAUUCGCAGCCAACUGUGCAUGUUGCUGGAUCCUCCCAAUGCUCGUGGGAAUGAUUGGCGAAUGCUGGCGCAGGCGCUUACAGUGGACAGGUAUAUCAAUUAUUUUGCUACAAAAGCAAGUCCCACUGAGCACAUUUUGGAUCUGUGGGAAGCACGACAUCGAGAAGAGUCUGCUGUCACAGACUUAAUGAACAUCUUGAGGGUGAUGGGGCGUAUGGACGCUGCUGCCGUGCUUGAGAAGGACAUAGGCUCCUGGUUGUGAUAGCCACAGACAGGGCAGUGCUCAUGCAUUUCUGAGUGAAAUUUUCCGGAUGGUCUGUGCUUGUGUCAUUGCACUGUGUGUGAAGUCAAGUUAUGAAACAAAGGCAAGACUAUAUCCUGGUGGUCACACUGUGAAGUUACAUGGAGAAGCUGAUAUGCCUGUUGAAUGUGUGUAUCCGACAUGACUAGAAGUCUUUCUCCAAGUGUAGCUUUGCCCCCAAACUAAAUGCUUGCCUUUGGUCGUUUCUGCAAUUUUAGUGCACACCAGAUGCCAGCAUGUAAACCAGGCUUCUUCAUCUUCAGCACAGCCAUGUUGGUGCAUUUGUCACCUUCACCUCUUGUAUGGUGAAUGAAAAUCCUGUUUCUCCAAAGCAGAUGAUUUGGUCAGUGGAUUCUUUUUGAUGGCUGAACAGAUUUGUUAGAUUUAUGUGAACAUCACUUUAAAAAUGUGGAAAUGCCUGAUAAAUCAACAGAAUGUGAAAGGUGCAGCAUGCUGCAGUGUGAAGUUGUGUCUUUAACUCGGCACUACCAGAAGGCAGUUUCACACGGAGGAUUUGGACCUUCUAAUGGUGCUUUCUGAAGUUGCUAGUGACAUUUUCAAUGUGACCCUAAUAUGGUCUGGCGUUUUUGGUGAUCUUCUUUCUAUAGAGUGUAUGUGAUAAGAAGCCAGAUCACUUGUUAAGUGUAACACAGAUCCAGAACUUGAGACAGGCUUUUGACUGCAGUGAAUAAUUGAUGUACCAAGAAGCAAUGAGUCAGCAUUAGUUUACACUUGGAAAUGUUGAACAUUUCUGUCUAUGCAAUGUUUCCAGAGCUAAGAAGUCAACCAUUGACUUCUACAGUUGAUACUUUGGUGAUUGAACAUCAGAAUCUGUGAGGAGAAAAUUACUUAGCAAAACUCAAGCAGUAACAACUGAAAUGUCCAGAAAAAGAAUGUACUGAAACAGGAGUGCAACUGGCAUAUCCAGAUACCUAUGAACUACACUUAAUGUGGCAUGCAGCUGGCAAAACAAAGAGUGGCAAGAGACUUUUGCUAGCUACCACAAGUUGGUGUUUGAAGAGAACAAUUGUCAUUUAGCUGCUAACACCGCACUUUGCCUCAUUAUGAUCAUCACGUUGUUUCAGAUAUUUUCUAUGCCUAUGCAUUAGUGAGGCUUGAAAAAUCUGCUUGAGUGGAAUAGCUAAUUGUUGUUCAAAUAUCAGAGCAAACUAAAUCCUUUUCUCCCAUAACUUGAGAAUGAGCAUUGGUGGACAAGCAUCAUGAUCACUGGACUAGGAUCUGACUUUCCUUAUCCAAGCCUGCAGUUCUCACUGACCUGAAGCAAAAGAAGUUGUCCUAUUAAAACACAAGUCUCACAGUGCCUCAAAACAAGAAGACUUGUUCACUACAUUUGUCAGAGCAAACCAACAAACAUUUCAGAGGAAAAUGUGUUAUUCAUAUUGGUGCUCAGCAUGAUGUCCUUUUUCCAAGACACCUGGAACUGCAUUUUGUUUGCCUCGAUUGCUUCAGAACUGAUUUAUUGCAGACUGAGGUUCUCUACUUGGCCUGGCUCAAGGAAAAGUUGGCGACAUUUCCAAGAAAAGUGGGUUUUGGCUUGUUAAGUGGCAUUUUGAAAUUGGAUUGCAAGUGUUUUCCCUGAUGGCUUCAGAGCAGCCAACAUUCUGCAUUUGAUUUGUGGGUUUUUUUCCAGUGCCCUACAAAAUGACUAACUUUUCUUGUGCAUUAUUGGUCCUUCAAAGACCACAUGGUCAGAAUCUGUUCAGCUUGCCAGCAGAUAUUUAUUCAAAAUGUGCCUAGCGUAUGCGUCUUCUUUCACUUGAGUUUCUUAUCAAGGAUGCAAACUGUGUGCUUCUCUUUCUCUACCUGGAGGGUAGGGUAGUAUCUGUUCUUGUCUAUUGAGUUAUAAACAUGGUGUUGCUGUAGUUUUGGUGUUUGUUUCAUUUCAAGCAGUCAUAGGAAAUGUAUGACAAGGUAAAGUGAAAUUGGCCAUGCUCUUCCAUGCUGCAACAAUGACAAGUCUGUCGUGUUUAUGAUGACCUUCAUUCAGUUCAAAAUGGGGUCUAUACAGCAACGAGUAUUUUAAAUGUGUGUAAUUAUUCUAAUAUUUAUCCAUCCGAGUCUGUUGGUGUUCAAGCCUGCUGCCUUUAUCUUGUAACAACAAGAAGAGGUCCAGAUUGCAGAGGUGGACAAUGCAACCAUAAAUUCAAAAUCUUAUCAACCCUAAAGUUAGUGAAAUUGCAAGGACUAUUUUAAUGUGUGCGCACAAAUAAAAUCAACUUCCCUGCAUAAACCAUGAAGGAAAGGGAUAUGCUUUAAAAGUUAUGCAUUAACACACUGGCCUCGUCUAUCAGUCAAUAUCUGAUAUAGUAGCUGUGUGGCCUCAGGUGGCUGCAUGUGUGACACAAUAGCAUUAGAAAAAUAUGCAGUUUUGAUUUUAAGACCUAUGAGAAAGCUUACUGUAAAACUGCAUUUUUGGCUAUUCAUUUGGAAUGAUCAUUGGUGGUGUCAGUUGGCUUUAACUAGUCUACACACAAUCAACAGUUGAGGCAACAGCUUUCUGUAGUUUUAAACUGUCAGAGAAUUUUGUUCAGAAUUUAAAGUAUUCCCUGCUAUCCUUUGAAAGCGAAAAAUACUUUUUCCCCUGUGGAAAAUGUAGAAACAUUUUAGUGGUUUCAUGGUGGUAGUUUUUGUGUUUGGCAUGCUCUUUUGAGUUUUGGGAUUUUUGCAAUGUCUUGCAUUUGCUCCUGGCUUUUUUGCAACACCAUAGCAGCAAUGCUGUGCUUUCCCUUCCACACCUCUAAAACAUUGCAUGAAGAUAUCAUAGGAAGGUGAAGGCAGGGGCAAGGGGUGCUUAUGGUUGGAGAUGAGGAUUAUGGCGGCAGAGACUUGAACUGCAGGGUCUAGAUUCAUUACAUAUCUGUCUUUGCCAAAUGAGUCUGUAUUGGCCAACUCUAAUAGGGCUCUAAAAUGCAAAGUAUUUUAGGGAAGAAUAUAUUGUGCAUGAUGUUUGUUGUAUGCCUGUUUGACUUAUGCAAAUGUGUACAAGUUUUCAAACUUCUGUGAAUGUGAUAGAAGAGAGAAGGAUCUCACUGGAAAGCAUGAAUGAAAAUGUGAACUUCAAACAAGAAUUUGUUAAUGUACGAAAAUAUCCCAGUUGACUGAAGGCUUUGUCUUUUUAUGCUGCUGGAUAAAAACAGUAUUCAAAGUUCUGUGGUUAUGAUUGCUUCAUAAUCUGCAGAACUGCUACGCAGAAAAAAGAGUGAAUAGUAAUGUGAAGUUCAAGUGGUUAGAGUAGGAAAAAAAAAUAGUACCAAAGAAACUGAAUUUCUUUCCUCUGCGAUACCAAUGCUGCCUGUUUUUGGUUUUUUUUGUAAGUAUAAUUUUUCAGUUUAUUUUCAGCUGUACAGCAUAUUGUAAGAAUGUAAAUACAUGAGAAUAAAUGUUGGGAAAACUU